AAGGUGGAUGCACCCUCGACAACCUGUGGAGAGGGGAUGACCGGUGUUUCGCGGGGUACACGUGACACGAACGUAUAGAGUUCGAGUUGAGGGUUGAACGAGACAACCCCUUCACAUGCGCGGCGUUCGCGGCCACGUGAAGUGUUGCGUUCUUCCACAACUCUCGAAAAUGUCGACCCUCGACCACGGUUAAAACUCCUCUCGCGUUAAAAUCUAAUCUCUUUUCGUGGAAAUUCUUUGGUCAAAUAGAGAGAAACUUUUUUUUCGAUCGAGAAACGAAAAAAAUCAAACUCGAAAAUCCAAGAAAAAGGAAAAAAGACGGAGGAGGGAAACGAAUGUUACGAAAAGUUUGCGCGACGUGUGUCGUCGGGGUGUUACUUUAAUUGCAAGUGCUUCGUUCAACGUCUUCUCGUUAUUACAUUACAGUUUUCGAUUAAGAUAUUUGAUUAUUUUUGAAGCUUUUAUCGAUUUUAUCGAUGCUCGUUCAAUAAUCGUUUCGAUAUGAUUGCUCGUUACUUUUAAAGUGAUAGUUUUUUCGAGGGGGAGAGGUAUGAUUCGCAAGAAGUGUGGGUCUCUGCGUGUACGAAUUACUUUACGCGGGAAAAAGUAAUUUUUUUUGAAAGAUUUCGUUGAAGGAACGAUCGAUGGAUGUCCUGGCAAAAAACAUGCAUUGCUUCACGAUUCUGCGCUGCUGAAUGACUCUGCUGCGAUCAGAAUGCCCUUUGCAGGAGAAUGGUGCAAAGUAUGGAUUUAUUUCGGAUUCGUUUUCGCGUGGGCGAGAGGUGCACGUCCACGCUUUGAUACUUCCACGGAUAUGGGAUUAGUUCUAGUUCCAGCUGAUGCUGAAGUGGAUUCGGUCAUUUUUCGUCUUCGAGCCACUGACCAGGAUGCAGAUUUUCCGCUCGUUUUUGAAAUAACCGCCACCAUCACACCUGUUGUAAGGAUCGACAACCUGCCGUGCACGUUGUACAACAAAGUGUGUCAAGCCAAUGUGAUUCUAACGAAACGGCUAGUUCCCGGACGCCUUCACGAUUUUGCCGUGAGGGUUAGGGACACGAAGGGAGACUCGAACUCGAUGCAAGCCACUAUUUCUGUUACGAACGCGACCACCCCUCGUGAUAAAAUAUUCCCCCACAUACCUUCCCUCAUUAUGGUGCCCGAGGAUACCAAGCCGGGCAAAGAGUUAGAUUAUCUUCUGGUGAGAGCCAAUUCUCGAAGCGGGAAACCUGUUUAUAUCGAACUCUGGCAACCGAAAGAACUUUUUACCAUAAGGCAGCGGCAAACGCCCAUCCAAACACGAGGGGUAAUUAUACUAACCGGAGAAUUGGAUUUCGAGACGCAAUCAAUGUACACCCUCACCAUGUAUGCCACGGACCCGUACACGGAACAGGGGAAAGAUACGAGAAAUAUCGCGGGUCUAAGCGUCGUUGUGAUAGUUCAAGACGUACAAGAUGUUCCUCCAAUUUUCACCUUGGCACCUCCCCUCACGAGGAUUAACAAUUCCAUACAACCUGGUGAUAUAGUGGUGCGAGUGCAUGCAGAAGACGGGGAUAAAGGGGUGCCGCGUGAAAUCGUGUACGGUCUCGUGUCCGAGGGCAAUCCUUUUACACCGUUUUUUAACAUCUCGGAGACAAGUGGUGAAAUCACUCUUGCCAGACCUUUGGAGGAGCUCACGCAAAUCACGCACGUCGGAGCUCCGGUUGUACUUACGGUGGUUGCUGAAGAGAUAAGAAGGAACAGGGACGAGCCACCGGCCCAAGCGACAGUUGUCGAUGUUGGUUCCUUCUUGGGGAACCGAAACAGUCCACCGUACUUCGAGAGUGAUAAUUACAUCGCCACGAUAGACGAGAAUCCUGAGCCGGGGACCGUGAUAAACUUUGGUGAACAGUAUUCGUGCAGAGUGAAGGAUGAGGAUAUCGGGAAGGCUGGAGUGUUCACGUUAAAAUUGGAGAAUAACAAUAACACCUUCGAAAUAAAUCCAACAGUUGCAGAACGUGCUGCGGAUUUUGUUAUAACCGUUCGAGAUAAUACGCUGAUUGAUUACGAAUUGUACAAAUCUUUAUCUUUCAAGAUCGUUGCUCAAGAAGUUGGUCCGGCGACGAAUCUGUCGGCACUAGUACCAGUCGCUAUAUUUCUAAGGGACGUUAACGACAAUUCACCGAUAUUCGAUGAGGAAUCAUACGAAGUGACGUUGUCCGAAAACGUGACCGAAGGUUCGCGCGUGACACAGGUGCACGCAACCGAUAAAGACACAGGUAUCUAUGGAAAUAUUCGAUACACCGAUAUAAGAGGAGAGGGAAGCGAAGCUUUCACUAUGGAUCCAGACACGGGAUCGAUAACCGUCAGCAUGGGCUCUACUUUGGAUCGAGAGAUCGCAGCAAGAUUCGUGUUAACCGUGGAAGCACGAGACGAGAACGGAAAUGGGAACAGAGGCGUUGUUCCUUUAAUAGUUAAUUUAUUAGAUGUCAAUGACAAUGCACCGAUAUUCGAAAAGGACGUUUACGAGUUCGCGUUGAACUCUGAUCUCACCAACUUUACAUUGCCAGCUUUUAUAAAGGCUAUCGAUGCCGAUUCAGAGCCGCCCAAUAAUGUGGUCAGAUACGAGAUAAUUCAUGGAAACUACGAGAACAAAUUCUAUUUGAACGAAACGAGCGGCGAAUUAACACUUUUGUCGCCAAUUACGAAAAUCAGGCGAAAGAAGCAGAGCGCUUAUGAUAGAUUCUCGAAGAAAAUGGGUACGAAAUUUGUGAAAGAUCGAGAGGAUCACAAAAACGAAUUAUCGAUGAACAAUCAAAACGGGAUUAACUUGGGAAAUUUAACUAAGGAAAUGAUGAUGGAGGUGGUAAAGAAGCGACGAAAACGAGCCAACGAUGACCCAUUAUACACUCUUACUGCCAGAGCAUACGAUUUAGGUGUACCGCAUCUUUCGAGCGAAACGAAAAUUCGAAUAUUGAGUGGUGCCGCUAUGGAAGCGCGGAUAAUGAUGUUCGUAGUGCCGGGAGAACAACCUGAUUCAACGAAAACUGCCGAAACAUUAGCUGCUAUCACAGGUGGCCGAGUCACCGUUCUAGAAACUCGCCCUUACAUUCAACAGAAUCAUACAGGGGGUACAGGGACUCUUCCUGGAGGAGGAGGAGGAGGAGGGAAAAAGAGUAUUAUCAUAGCUCGAGUUGAACAAACGGAGCCGGGUACAUCAUUGGUAGAUGUAGAGAAGAUUCGAGAAACUUUGGCUGCCAAUGGGGUUGGAAUUAUCGGGGGUACCGAUGCAAUUAUGAACGCAACGAACAUGGACAAUACAAAAGUUCCCCUUGAUGGAACGCCUAAACAUACCACUGCUAACGAUGGCCAAGCAACUGCUAUCAAUAAUACGAUUAUCACUACUCAAAACGAAGAAGUGACUGUUUACAAAGCAGAAAACAAAUUGUUAUUCUGGCUUCUGAUAAUUCUCGGUCUGCUCAUGCUCUUGGCCGUCGCCAUAUUGAUUGCUUGCUGCAUAUGUCCCGGAUGCCCGUUUUACAUGGCGCCCAGAAAAAGGCGAGUACAUUCGUCGGAAACGUUGGUCGUACGUGCAGACGGAAGACCGAAGAGGCAUCUUCAUCGACAACCUGCAAUACCUAUCGAAGUAUCGUGGAAUGGGAGGAAACAAGCGUGGAGCGCGGAUCCAACGAGAAGAAAUUGGCAAUUUAACAAAAGAAACGUGAAAAACUGUUCCCUUCCUGGGGAUGUUGCCUAUAUUUCCGGCCAGCCGAACGACAUUCACACGAAGCUCGUCGAAGUUGAAAGAUUAAGGGACGGGGGGGGACGUUCUUACGAUCACACGAGGAGAAGCAGGAUGAACGAGCAAGAAAGAAUGUACAUGGAGGAUAUCGAAGAUCAAAAGGCAAGAGGUUACCGCACUGCCGAAUUGGAAUCUCUGCAACGGCACGAAAUGGACAGAGGUUCGGAUCUGCAACAGGCUUAUAGGCAAAGAUUCGUGGAGCACGACACGAACGAAGAAACGACGGUGAGAGAGCAACACUUCUUCCGCGAAGGAAACGCGGAAGUCCUUCGAUUAGUAACACGUGGGCAAGUAGAAGACACAACGUCCCAUCAUCCUCACCGUCCAACUUUAAUCAUAGAUGGUAAGGAUAUAAUUCUGCAAAGGUUCAUAGAGGACCAGAAGUCAAGGCACGAGUUGUCGAUGCAGGACAUCGAGGCAGCUCGUAGCAUGGAAUCCCAUCAACGAUCCAAAGAGGUUUGCCACCAGCAACCGGAGAUAAUCUUGAUACCGGACAGGUUGGAGCUAGGCCACAGGCAACACGUGGAAGAGAUCGGGCCCAACGUUCAGAGGCUCGUGAUCGAUCACGGUGAUUACGAUCCCUCACAAAAGGAAAAGGAGACUCGUACGAGGGAAACGAUUAGGCAAGAGAAGCAAGAGAUCGCCGAGAGGGCGACGAUCGUCACCAAGGAUCACGCGCGAUCGAGCAACACCCAGUAUCCCUUCCACGAUUUGGAAUUGGCCAGGCAAAACGUUUUGUUGACACGGUUAUUGUUGGAGAAGGAGAAUCGCAGAGCGGGCGCGGGUGCGAUGGACUCUACGAGCUAUUUAGAGACGCAGAGUCUGCCUGGGCAGGUGGCGAUAGCUACUCAAACGGAUAGGACGGCUGCCACUCAGACGGAUCGUCACGUGAAGAGCAGAAGCGACAACGACGAGUCGGACAACGAGGAGUCGAGAUACAGGAAGAAGUUGAAAUCUAGGAAGAAAUAUGGGGGGGAUGGGGAUUGGAGACGGUCGAGGACUCUGUGGAUGAAGUCGCCGAUCGAGGAAGAGGGGAGCCCUUGCUUCGACAAACGAUUGAGCAUUCUGAGGAAGAAGGUGAGAGAGGUGAAGGAAGGCAGGAAGAUUUCUCUGGAGCCGGAAGUGUUGAGAGAGAUCUCGGAUUCUUUGGAUGGGAAUGGAAGUUCGUGCAAAGGCGAGGAAGACGAAACGAUGAGGAGUUAUAGAAAAUCAACGGAGCAAACGAGUAUCAGUUACAAAAUAUUGAACGAGAAGGAGACCGAUCUAUCCCGAUCUUCCGAGGAGAAGAGGAAAGAGAAGCGGCAAGAGAAAAGUAGCGAGGAGGUGACGGACGAUCAGAAGGUGAACGCCACGGAAUCGUCCUCGCCAGAGAUAAAAGUUCAACGCGAGAAACCGAAGGAGAAAAGUCCUAAAAGGGAAACGAGAUCGAAGAAGUCGGAAGGCGUGAUAAAGCCAAGUUUCAGGAUUCUCGAGAAAGAAUUUACGAUGCUCACGAAGAAACUGAGCAAGUUGGGGGACAAGAAAUUCCAGGAGAGCACUGCCAGUGACAGCACGAGCCAAGAAAAGUCGGACUCCCUUGCUAAGGACGCGAAAAAGGACUUGGAUCAAAAAAGUUUGAAAAAAACGGACCCUUCAACUUCGCAGAAGCACGAAACGACGUGCGCGUCAAAACUGGAACAGAAAGGAAAACAGAGAAAAGAUUCGGCCAUAGCCAAGACGAAACAAAAGUUGAAGUAUCAACAGAGUCAAGUCAUGAGUACAGGCAGUUCGGAACUCGACGAUUCGCUUGGGUUCGACAAGCCGAAGAAGCCGAGUGGGACGCGGCAUGAAACCACGAAGCAGAAACAACCCGUUGGUAUCCAAGGCCAUGCAAAAGUGAAACGAUUGGUACAGAUGGAUCGACGAGAAUCGAAAAAGCAAGCGUCUGAAUCGAAGGAUGAAGAAACGGAGAAACGAAAAGAUGGAGUAUCGAAAGGAGUUUCGAAAGGUGAAUUAAAAUCCGAGAAGAUUGGAAAAAUGGCGGCAAAGGCGCCGAAAUUAAGUGUUCUGUCCCGUAAACAAAACGUAGUCGAGGAAACCAGUACCAGCACGGAAGAGAAAAGGGAGGAGGAAAGGGGUACGUUUACUUUUGAAAAAAAGAGCAGUACGGAUUUCUCAGAGAGAGAUUCGAACGGUUUGUUCCAGCCUGAAAGGGAGAGGCUGGAGAAAAAAAUAAUUCAAAAAUUUAGCGAUGAUUUUGUUGAAAGGGAAGAUACCAGUGAACAGAAAGUAACUACUUCUACGGAAGAAGAGAAAGAUACAGCGAGCACGGAGGAACGGAAAGUUAGUAUGAUAGGAUCGUCGAAAAAUGGGAUACGUAAGAGUCAAGAUCAACAGGAAGAACGCGUUAGUUCAAAGAAAGCGUUAGAUGAUCAUUCGGCUCAUUUGCAUACCAAGGAACAAUUAAUUACAGAUAUUAAGUUCAUUGAUAUGGGUCCAACUAGAAAAGAAGAAUUAGGGAAAAUUAUCGUACGAGAUCAGAAAGUUGAUAAAAUGGCAUCUAAAGUAGAACCCACGAAAAUCCAAAAACCAAUGAAACGAGAGGAUAAAAGUAUAAAAUAUAGUGACGAGGAUAGAAUAAAGGAAACUAUACGUGUGGAUGAAUUAGUGAGUAAAAGUGAAAAAGAAAUAAUCGAACGGGUUCGAGAUAAAUUAGAGGAUUACAUGGAGAAGGAUAAACCACUGAAUGAUUUUAAAAAACAAAUUGAAACUAAACUUGAUAGUAGGAUAGAAGAAGGGAGACAAGAAGACAGAGAAUUAAGUGACACGUAUAAAUAUUUAAAAGAAGAAAUAGAGAAAAUGUCAGAAGAUUUCAAGAAGAAACGCGAAGAGUCUAAGAAAACAGAAUCAGAAUCAGAAGAAGAAGAAGAAGAAGAAGAGAAUAUAUUAUCAAGAUAUGUGCACGAUAUCGAGGAUAAAAAUGGCGCAAAACAGAAGGCAGAAAAAAGGAUACAAGUAGAAGUACACGUGCCUAUAGAAAAAGAGAACAAUGGCAAAAUGGACGCGACGCAAAAAAUGGAAAAGGAUAUAAAAUCUGAAGUUUUAAGCAAAGAAAAAGAUAGUAUGAAAUUUGAUAUUACAGAUGUACAUACUGAUAAAUUAGAGGAGGAAAAACAAGUAAAACUCGUGGGUAUUUCAACGACAGAUCACAUUUUUGAAAAAGAAGAUUCGACAAAAAUUGCAUUCAAUGAUGAUGAUAAAGAAAAAAUUAGCUCAAGUGUGGAGAUUCCUCAUAAAGAAAAAACUACAUCAACGAUAGAAACUGAUAAACAAAUAGAAGAAAAUAUUUUUUUAGAUGAUCGAGAAAAGCGUGAUAAAGAAAAAGAAGACGUUAAAAUUAAAUCUGAUAAUGGAGUCAUAGAAAGUACUAUUAUAAGUAGUGAAGAUAAGAAAAUUAGCGACAAAGAAAAAUUUACUAUAAAAAGUACAGGAGAAGAUUAUGGAAAAACAAUGGAAGACUAUAAAAUUACUGAAGAAAUAAGUCAGGAUAAAAAAAUUAUUGAAGAAACGAUCAAAGAUCAAAAAUUAGAUGCAGAAACAAUUGCGGAUUAUAAAGUAACUGAGGAAACGGCAAAGGAUCAAAAAAUUGAUAAGGAGGAAACGAAGGAUCAUAAAUUCGAUGGAGAAACAAGUAUGGACUAUAAAAUUAUUGAAGAAAAAACCGAGGAUUCAAAAAUUGAUGAAAAACAAGCAAGUUCGGAUCGCAUAUUAACUAUGGAAAAAAUUAAAGAUCAAGAAGAGGAUUAUAAAAUCGUCGGAGAAACAAGUAUGGAUCACAAAAUAAUUGAAGAAGAAAUUAAAGAUGAAAUAAUUGAUAAAGAAUCAAUAGAAAAACAUAAAAUUGCUGAAGAAGCAAUUGUAAAAAUUAUUGAAGAAAUACCAAAAGAUCAAAAAAUUAAAGAUGAUACAAUAAAGGGUGAUACUGAAAAAGCAACUGUGAACCGUAUUGAAGAAACAUCUAAGGAUCAAGAGAUUAAAGAAAUUUCAGAGGAUUACAGAAUUGCUGAAAAAACAACUGAGGAUUUUAAAAUAACUGAGAAAGUAACUACAGAUCAUAAAAUGGAAGAAAAAGUAAAAAAGGAUUACACAAUAGUUGGAGAAAGAUUUGACGAUGAUAAAUCUUUGAUAAGAACUGAUUUUACUAUCAAGGAAAAAAUAUCUGAUAAAAAACAAGAUUCAACAGAAAUUAGUAGAGAAGAAAAUAUUUUCUUAGAUAAAAAAAAAGAUUCUGAUGAAAAGACAUUUGCUAAAAAAAUUGAUACAGAUGAUCACGAAAUCAGUACAAAAAAGGUUUUGGAUACUGAAGAAGAAAUUGACAGUCAAAAGAAAAAAAGUAUUUCUCCCGAAAUAAAAGAAACUCUUCCUGUAGCAGAAGCUGUGACAGAACUAAUUAAAAGUGACGAUGAAAAAAUUAGUGAUAAAAAAGAUAUUUUUAUUGGCAAAGAAAAAGAAAUUGAAGAAAAAAAAGAAAUUCCAAAAAGUGAUAAAAUUGAAAAAGAAAGUAUUAUCGAUGAUAAAGACAAGGAAGAAGAUUCUAAUAAAAAAAAAAAAUAACUACAGAAACUGAAGAAACUG